AUGGACAAAGAACAACGAAUCGUCAUUAUUGGAGCUGGGGCCUUCGGUCUCGGUACUGCACUGAGACUAAAGGAAAAAGGCUACAAGUCAGUCACCAUCCUGGACCGUUCGGUGCCUCUGGUUCCGGACGGAUCGAGAAACGACAUCUCUCCCAUUAUUCGAUUCGAUUACGGAGACCCGAGAUUACCAAGAAGCGUUCCACCAAAUGCCCUGCUUAUGGAUGGCACCCCAGACCAGCCCGUGCAGCCUCGAGCACAGGAAUACAGCCGCAAGACAAAGCGUGUCUUGACAGAGAUGGAUCAAGAAUGGGUUCCUGUCGGGAGCGUGGAAGAGGCGAAGCAAUAUUUCCCUAAAUUGACUGUCCGAGCCGCUUUUCAAAUUCUUGGACCUGGCCAUUCGGACCUAUGA